ACUCUUGGUUAGCUGGGUGGUAGGCGGAUCAAAACAAGACGCAGUUACCUAGCGUUGGUUCACCAGAAAGUCACAGCACGAACUAUACACGUCCGUGCUCACAGUAAAUCAAGCGUACACUGAACUUGUUUACGCCAUUUGUUUAGCGAACCUGUGACAGAAAUCUCUUAUCGGACUAAGCGUCGACCUCGAGUUUUCUGGAAGGAAGAUCUGAUUACUUGAUAAUGAAAACCUGGACCAUUGUCUUUGGUAUGCUUCUCUUUACUAGCGGUGUCAACAGUGAUAUUUACCUUCACAAUCCCAGGGGAAGUAACAACAGACUGGAUGAACAAAACAGAGAUAGAAAUAAUGCAAACAGGUUAUUUGACUCUCAGAACAAUGACAGAGGAGGAUAUAAUGUGGGAUCUUUGUAUUACUAUGGUACUUCUGUUUUGCAAGUAGAGUGGACAAACCAGCAUUCUUGUCAUCAUCCUAACAGCCACUGUGAGCUGGUCUUACAGUAUAUGUGUGGAGACCUUGUGCGAGAUGGUGCCACAGUCACAACUAUACCUGAAAAUCGUGCACAGUGUGAGAACUACAACUGCAACACUGAUCAGAGAUUUGGCAUGCAUGAAAACUAUGAGUACUACUUGAUGUGCAAGACCCGGGAGAGGAACAAGGGGCUAUUUACUGCCGAUCAGAACCUGAAUAACAAGAACACAGCUCAGUACACUCGCCAGAAUCCUGGAGGAACAAGACGUGGAUACGAAUGUCCAGAGGAGAGGGACUACUAUCCCUACUGGCACCACUCUCCCUGGGUGGACAUUGCAGUGAUGACCAACAAUGCAUCACGCUGCCAUUACUACCAGACAGAAAGCCAGAAUGUCAAAGACCGCUGGGAAUGUGUACUGCCUUUUGCCACAGUUGAGAAAUAUGUGUCUCAAAAUCUUGUACUACCUAACACACAGGAGGAGUGUGAGGCAUUUUACUGGCCCCUUAAUAACAAGAAUGGAACAAGAGCUGAGUGGGUGAGGUAUCCUUCACAUGGGGUAGAUCCGCCCAGCUGCCAAGAGACAGAGUUCACGAGGGACAAUCAUCUGGGCAGUGGGCUAGGUGGACAGCCCAACUUGUACAACUGGACAAUUCCAAAUAUUGACAGAGACAGCUGUGUGCUUCGUAUUAGGUACAAUAUCUCUACCAAUGAUUAUGAUGGCUGGAACACCAAUGCCACUGUAAAUGCUGAGAAAGGACGUCUGCAAGAUGGUGCUAAGGUCAGCUUGGCUGAGAAAUAUGGGUUUGCUUCUGAUGCUGUUGCACGCAGCAGAGGAUAUAUUUUUAAGAAUAAUCCAGAAGUGAAACUAUUUGAAGGUGCAGACUUCACACUCAGACUUGCUGUGAAUACAGCACAAUAUGGGCGAGUGUUUCAAGACAGAUCACACACUUUUUCAAUCCUUUCACAACCAAAAGAUGUGAAGGGUACAAUUUACAAUCUCAAUGUUCGUGGGAAGCGUGGUAACAUAGUGCAAGUGUAUCCAGCUGUGGAAUAUGAUUUUGUGCCGAACACUCUAGAACUUUCAGCAGGGGAUUCCAUUCACAUACAGUGGACUGGCUCUAAUACUAACCCUGGAAACAAUGAUGGACAAGGCCUUGCUGGAAGUGAUCGCAGCAAUAUUGUAUUACUGAACGCACAGCAGUAUCCAGAGGGUGGUACACAGAAAUUUGGACCAGGUGGAAUAUAUGGUCAUUAUGGGGUAAAUUACCCCAUGGCUUUCAACAAUCUCACAUUUCUUGGUCUGUCUCAGGUGGAUGUGAAAGCUCUUGCUUACCUUAAUCCAGGUCAAUUUGGUGGAGAGAUGUCACAGCUUGAUGAUGCAGGAACUUACUUUGACCUUGGAUUGCGAACAGUGACCUGUCCAGCUGGAAUCUACCAUUACAUGUGCACACGAAACAAUAAUUUCUCCAACCGUGACCAGAAAGGACGCAUAGUUGUCAAUACAAAUCGCAUAGCCCUAAAAGCUAUCGGUGCUAUGGGUGGAAAAAUGUCUCUUUCAGAUGGAUCAUUGGAGGUUAUUGUUGAACCAGGCGUAUUUAAUGAUCUCCAGAAGAUUCGUGUUGAGCAGUGGACGACACAGCAAGCAGAAGAGAGAAUGAGGGAAUAUAAUCGUGAGAUGACAGUUGAAGGGGAUUAUGCAAGCUACUUUUAUCUGAUGACUCCAGAACACAUAAUAGCAGGAAACAGUCAAGGUUUCACAACCAAGAUGAAGGUUGAUUCUGGGGAUGUUUCAGUGUAUCGUUCCACAUCAUCCAGCUUUGCAACGUGGACACAGGUAUCAGGUGUGAACACGAAAGAUGGUGUUGCCACCUUUCAAGCAUUGCAGGGUGGUGUAUAUGUUGCUGUAACAUCCAAACCAAAUGUGGGCAUGAUUGUCGGCAUCACUAUUGCAUGUGUGGUGGCCAUAGCUGUAGUUGUUGGAGCAAUUUGUUAUUUCCGUCGUAACCCAGGCAAAUGGCAGGCUGUUCAAACAAGCUGCACAAAUGUUAAACGUUCAGUUAAAAGUAAAGUUUAAGAGCUUGCUAUCAAUCUUCAUUACAGUAACCAUGAUAGAUGUCUUUAGACAUUAUAUAAAUGCAAUGUCUUGAUGUAAGUUACUAUCUGUCACAUUCAGUGCAAGAUACAUUUGUAAAAUUAAGAGUUCAGAGUUUGGAUGCAGAUUGUAAGAAAACUGGUUUUUGCUUUUUCUUUUGGAGCUAUGGAGUAUUAAAAAUAGUUUUCACUCCUUCAUACAAAGUCAUAAACAACAAAAACAAGAAUUUUACAGUUUAGUGUACUGCCUCUGAAAAAUGUAUUUCAUAACAUUCAAGUCAAUUUCAAUUUGAAAAUCAACUUUAUUGUAGUGUCUGGCAUUUUACACGAAUUCAUUAAAAAAUAUAUUUCUAUCAAAAUCUUUCAAUUCAUAGACACUGCUCAAAAGGUAAAGGAAUUUUGGACCUUGACCUUGACACUCUAGAACUUACUGUCUGGCACAGUAUCUGCUGUCUGAAAUUGAACUUAUCAUUUUCUUGAUUUUUAUAUAUUUUGCCUGUUAUUUUACUAGCACCUUUUGCACAGUUCAGUUGCAUAUCGGUUACCGCCUGUCACCAGUACAAUGAGGAUUGGCUGUCCUGGGUUCAGAUUUUCUCAGGUAUGCUGUUCUUUCUCUAUGUGUGACAGGGCUGGCUGCUUGGCUUGAUAUAGCCAUGAUAUAGCCUGGCCCGAAGUAAAGCACCAAUUCACAACUCCCUCCCCUUACCAGCACAUUUCUCUGAUAUUACAGUUUACAUGCACAUCAGUACAAAAGUUUCAAAAGUAAAAUUUACUUAAACUGCUGAACUUUUGGGAUGAUGUUUUCCAGUCUGAAGGAGAAAGUUUUGAUUUAAGCAGAUGGAUGGCUGAAACAGUACACAUUUAACCACAUCCACACUGUUGCCUGGGAAGGUUACCUUCACAAGUUCACAUUCAAUGAUAAUAAAUGUAAAAUUUGUAAAGGAGCAUGCUUAAAAACAAGAAUGAAACAUGGACAGCAUAUGAGGGACAGGAAAACAAACAAAUAACAUAUGAACUAUAAAAGAAUAAACAACCGUACUA